UCCUUUUAAUUAUAAUAAAGCGUGAGUUACUAAAUACAAACACGAAACAUUAGAUACCAACAAUGUCUAAACGCAACAGCGUUGGACCUUCAAACACCCUAUUUAACUAUUUUACUAAAACACCGCCCGCGAACAAGAAACCGAAACCCGCAGAAAAUGGAGACAGAACUCCAGACCUCGACUCAUUAAAAAAAGAAAUAGAAGUGAAAAUUGAGAGUAAGAAACGCGAGAGGCAAGUCACCCCCUCACCAGAAGUGAAGCAGGAAGUACACAGUGAUGGUGACGAACCCAUCGCUCCUAAGAAACGGAAGAGGAUCAGACUGAAUCCUUUGGAUUCCGAUGAUUCUGAUACGGAAAAUAAAGUAGAUAACAUAAUUGAGACCCCAAAGGAGAAGACAGCAUUAGGGAAGAAACUGAAUGAUAGUUUUAAGUUUGAGGCCAACCAGACACCAAAGGCCACCAGCAAGGGCUCAAAGAAACCGGCUGCAACUAAUGGGCCAGCCAUAAAGACUGAGACAGCAGACGAGUUGCCGGUCAGCGACGAUGGCAACUGGGUCCACUGCAAACUGGAUUGGCUCCGGCCCGACAAGAUUCGCGACGCCAACAAGAGGAAGCCGGAUCAUCCGGACUAUGAUCCUUCCACUCUCUUUGUGCCAACGGAGUUCAUGAAUAAUCAAACACCUGCUCAUCGGCAAUGGUGGCACAUGAAGUCAUCGCAUUACGAUUGCGUUCUUUUCUUCAAAGUCGGCAAGUUCUACGAAUUGUACCACAUGGACGCCGCGGUCGGGGUGAACGAACUCGGAUUCUCAUACAUGAAGGGUGAAUUCGCUCACUCCGGUUUCCCGGAGAGUGCGUACGCGAGAAUGGCCAAUACGUUGGUGUCCAAAGGGUACAAAGUAGCUCGUGUUGAGCAAACGGAGACGCCUGAUAUGAUGCAGGAUAGAUGCAAGAAAUUGGGUCAAACCUCAAAGUUCGACAAGGUAGUGCGUCGAGAAAUAUGCCAAGUGACGCUGCGUGGUGCGCAUGCGGCCGGACUGCAGGACCCAGGCCCGGCCGAGCCUGGCGCCGAUUACAUGCUGUGUGUUGCCGAGGAGGAAAGCAACGGCAUCAGCACGUAUGGCGUGUGCUUCGUCGACGCGUCAAUAGGGUUGUUCCAUCUGGGACAAUUCAAGGACGACAAGCAUUCCUCAAGACUUCUUACUACUCUGGCGCACUUCCCGCCCGCAUUAAUUGUAUACGACCGUAGAUCGACCACAGCGCGUACGUCAAAGUUGCUCGGCACCCAUUGCCACCGCGCGAGACGGGAACCUCAAGUAUUAUGGCAACCGGAAAAGACGCUUAAAACGCUUGCGGAAAACUACUACAAGACCAACGCCGAUGGGGAUUGGCCGGAGGGAUUAAAGCCGUUCUUACAUGAAGGCGACGCCUUAGGCCUAACCCCCGCCCCAAACUGCUACCUGGCCAUCAAAGCCUUAGGCGGCUGCGUGUCCUACCUGUCCCAAUGCCUCCUUGACAUACAAGUACUCGGCAUGUCGCAGUUCGAGUCCUUCGCGCCGCCCGACGUGCUAAACAAGACCUUAUCGCAAGAGCUCAAGGUCGAGAAUAAGUGGGAGGGCGGCAGUACCAUGGUGUUGGACGCUAUCACGUUGAGGAAUUUGAGGAUAGUACAGGAUGAGGGGUGUUUGUACGAGAAGUUGAAUUUCUGUGCCACUGCUAUGGGUAAGAGAUUGUUAUACCAGUGGGUGUGUGCGCCGAGCUGCAACUUGGCCGUUAUAAAGGAACGCCAGGAGGCUGUCAAGGAGUUGUUCGAAAACCAAGAGCUGAGUCAAGAUGCGAAGAAUAUACUAACCACGUUGCCAGAUUUGGAACGGCUUUUGGCGAAAGUGCACACCCUCGGCAACCUGAAGCGCUCGACAUCGCACCCCGACUCACGCGCCAUCUUUUACGAAGAGAAGACCUACUCCAAACGCAAGGUCCUCGACUUUAUCGCCGUGCUUAAUGGAUUCCAGUCUGCACUGAAACUUGUUCAGUUAUUCGAUGACGCAGAAAGCGGAAUGUUGAAGAAAUUAACAAAGUUUAGUCCGCAUGGAAAGUUUCCGGAUUAUAGGGAUACGUUGAAGUUUUUCAAGGAAGGUUUCAACCAAUCAGAAGCCGAGAAGGAAGGUCGCAUCCUGCCCGGCGCGGGCGUUGACCCCGAGUACGACAGCACUCUGCAACUUAUAGACGAUAUACAGAAGGGGCUCAAAGAGUAUCUGGCUGAACAGGAGAAGUACUUCAAGUGUCGGUUGAAAUACGUGGGAACGGACAAAAAGCGUUAUCAAAUAGAAGUUCCAGAAAGCGCUACAAAACGGGCAACUUCUGACUACCACAUGGAGGGCGCCCGAAAAGGGUUCAAGAGGUUCUCUACCAGUGAAACUAAGGACCUUCUAGCCCGUAUGACGGCAGCCGAAGAGCAAAAGCGCGACGUCCUGAAAGACCUGAGCCGUCGAAUGUUCGAGAAGUUCUCCAGCAACCACGCGUACUGGGACGCCGCAGUUCAGUGCGUCGCGGUUCUGGACAUACUUCUGGCCUUAGCAGAGUUUGCGAGGCAGCAGAGCGGGGAUGUUUGUCUGCCGAGUGUUACUUUCGACCCCGAGCAAAAGCCCUUCAUAAACAUAGUAGACGGGCGGCACCCGUGCAUACCGGUGGCAGAGUUCAUCCCCAACGACACGAGUCUGGGCGGAGAAGCGGCCUUACUCCUGCUGACGGGGCCGAACAUGGGCGGCAAGUCCACACUCAUGCGGCAGAUGGGGCUACUCACUGUUUUGGCGCAUUUGGGUUCAUACGUCCCAGCGUCAGAGUGCAGCCUAAGCCUAGUGGACCGCGUGUUCACGCGGCUCGGCGCGGCCGACGAUAUUCUAUCGGGGCAGUCCACGUUCCUCGUAGAAAUGAACGAGACGGCGGCCAUAGUCAAACACGCCACCGUGCAUUCUUUGGUGCUGUUGGAUGAACUUGGCCGCGGCACGUCGACCUACGACGGGACAGCUAUAGCGUCAGGCGUGUGCGUGGAGCUAGCCGAGCGAGGUUGUCGCGUGGUGUUCUCUACGCACUACCACUCGCUCGUGCACCAUCUGGCGUCGCAUCCUGGAGUUGUGUUGGGACAUAUGGCGUGCAUGGUGGAAACCGACGAGUCGACGGCGGACAGCGCCGACCACAUCCCCGAGGAGACCAUCACGUUCCUCUACAAGCUGUCGCCCGGCGCGUGCCCCAAGUCCUACGGCUUCAACGCCGCGCGCCUCGCCGGGAUACCGCGCGAGAUCACACGCAGGGCACACCAGAUAUCCAAGAAUCUAGAGAAGGAGGCGACGUGUGUGCGCGCCUUUAGGGAUAUUGUGAAGAUGGACGAUGGAAAACAGAUUAGGGAGCUGCUAGCCGCUUUGAGCAUUUAAAAAUGUCGAUUUACU